AGCCGAAGCUCCUGCAAACUUGGGCGCGCGCUCGCGCCACUGCGCCAGCGGCCCGAGCGAUGAAGAUGGUGGCCCCCUGGACGCGGUUCUACUCCAACAGCUGCUGCCUGUGCUGCCAUGUCCGCACUGGCACCAUCCUGCUCGGCGUCUGGUACCUGAUCAUCAAUGUGGCACUGCUGAUUCUAUUGAGCGCCCUGGCUGAUCCAGAUCAGUAUCGCUUUUCAAGUUCUGAACUCGGAGGUGACCUGGAGCUCAUGGAUGAUGCCAACACGUGCAUUGCUAUCGCGAUUUCUCUUCUCAUGAUCCUGAUCUGUGCAGUGGCUACUUAUGGAGCAUACAGGCAACACGCGGCCUGGGUCAUCCCAUUCUUCUGUUACCAGAUCUUUGAUUUUGCCCUGAACAGCUUGGUUGCAGUCACUGUGCUUGUUUAUCCAAACUCCAUCCAGGAAUACAUACGACAGCUGCCUCCUGAUUUUCCUUACACAGAUGAUAUCAUGUCAGUGAAUCCUACCUGUUUGGUCCUUAUUAUUCUUCUGUUUAUCAGCAUUAUCUUGACUUUUAAGGGUUACUUGAUUAGCUGUGUCUGGAACUGCUACUGAUACAUCAAUGGCAGGAACACCUCCGAUGUCCUGGUUUAUGUUACCAGCAAUGACACUGUGGUGCUGUUACCCCCGUACGAUGAUGCCACUGUGAAAGGCGCCGCCAAGGAGCCGCCACCACCUUAUGUGUCUGCCUAA